AAGAAAAUUCUUAAACAAAUACAAUCAUGAGUAAAUUAUUAAAAUUGAUUCCGUACGAGAAAUGGCGGUUUGCGCUUGAUAUCGUGAAGCACAAUGGAGGAAUCAUAAAGUCACUGGAGAAAAUGUGGCGUAUGGAUACGUUGAAAAUCGGAGCCUACAAAGGCACUGAUAGCUUCGGCAACAAAUACUUCGAGAACCCCUACUACAUGGUGGGACGGAGCCGAUGGGUCGAGUACAACCCCGCUGUCAAGUGGCACUAUGACGCCUCGCAGGUCACUCCAGAAUGGUUCGGCUGGCUUCAUUACAAGACAGACAAGAUUCCAGAAGCAGAUUGUCCGAGGGUGAAUCUGAUGAAGGACGUCUGGGCGAAGCAGUGGUUGCUGCCCCAUGAGGAGAACCUCACUGGUACCAACCGGGCAUACUACCCGUACAGUACCACGAAGCCACAUAUUCAUCUUUGGGACGGGCGCAAUACCAGCAAUCGAUGUGGAUGCUUCUCUAAAAAUUCUAUUUUGUCGAAAUGAAAUGGAAUAAUAAUAAUAAUUUUCUACCUCAAAAAGACUUAAAUU